UGCUUUGGAAUGAGGGCCUGCAGGAACAUCUGGACUGCAACAAAGAGAACUUCUCAGCACAAGCACCUACAGACCUUGUGCAGAGCAGAGCUUUUCAGUCUGAUGGAAGCAGUCUCAGCAACAAGAGAGCCUUGGCUCAUAGGCAAACCUCAGGCACUGUGUCAAGCACCAUCCAGGGCCCAAAGGACAGAAUUAAUAGCUGCCAGGCUAAGGAAACGCUGAUUCAGGACAAAUUCAGGAAGUCCCCGCCAAGCUCAAAAAGUGCAUCUCAAAAACCAAGUGGCAAAACCCAACCGUUGCAACCCCCUCAGUCACUUGCUGUUUCUACUAAUUAGCUACACAAAAAAAAACAGCAGUAAAACAUGAAAAAAAAAAAAUGAGUACAGCAGGGCAACCCGUAGGAAAGCCACUUGGCACGCUUUUGGGGGGAAGUCUUCAGCACCGCAGUAGGGCUCACCAAGCAAAAAGAUCUCCCCUGAAGCCUCCAGCAGGCCCCAAGGGACUGCAAACCUGGGGUCCACGAGGAGCUCCAGCUUGAAGCUGGACGCUGCGGUGCUGGGGUGAAGGCCCAUGGUUUAAGGGGGGCCAGAGAGGAAGGACAUGAAGGCAGUGCUGCCCAGACACAUGGCAACAUCCUGAGCCAGAGCCACCAUGGGCCAGUCUCACAGCCCCAAAGCUCAAGGGGCUGAGAGCAGGAGAGAGAGGCUGAACCCGGAGCCACUGCAGGCAUGCAGGGUACACACAGGGUGCAUCCCCAAGACCCAGAUGGCUGAGGAUUGGAGGAGACAACUGGAGCAGUGGUUGACAUCCAAAGGCAAGUCCUACAAAUGGUCACCUAUGAUGCUGUCCAAAAGAAAGCCAGUGAGAGAGAAGCUGCCCGUCUGGAGCGCUGUUGAGGAGGAAGAGAAAGCAGAGAAGCCUGAGCAGCUCCACUUGGACAAAAUCAACAACCUGCUAACUGAGUCGAAGCUCAUCAAGGAGGGUGUCCAGUCGAAGGAGCUCUCUGCAAUUCUGUCCCGUGAGCCCCGAGCAGAGAAAUGUGCCAAGUUCUGGAUCUACAACGUGAAACUCCUUGCCUGGAGCAGCCCCUUUGAAGUGAAGCUGUGCGAAGCCACAGUCUGCACUGGUGCAGCCCCACUCCAGGAGCUCAGAGAAGUUGUCUGUGAUAUUCUGAAGACUGCAGAUGAACCACCAGGAGGGGAGCAGGCCGAGCAGCCCGUGCCCUGGGAGCCCAUGGGAGAAGAUGAAACAUCUCAGAAACAGAGAUGA